UGCUUUUUUUACGGUGUGGUGUGAUGCUAAGUUUCAUCUGUCUGCGUUGAAAUUAAGUAAUAGGCUAUUCAGAAACCUCUGCUGAUAAUGUUUGACCUUAGCUGCAUCAAGCAGCUGCUGAAACCUGAUUGAAUUAUGUUUCAGGGUGGGGAGACUUUUUUUUUGUUUUUAAGGGGUGGGUUAGAGGAAAAGAUGAUAAUCUACUGCUUCUGAUUUGAGGGUCAGAUCAAUGAUAAUACAAACUGGACCCUUUUGAACUGUAAAGGAGUUACGCUGAUUAAUUGGAGACCAAGAAAAUCUAAACAUGUCUCAGAUUUUUAGAUUCAUUCUCUUCUUUUGUCUUCUGCCAUCUGUGGUUCCUCUGUUCUGUUAUACAUGUGUUUUUCCUUCUAUCUCACCACUGGAUUGUCUGAAGUUCCCUACCAGGUGUCCACCGGGUCAGCUCUGUCUUUCUAGCAAAGCUGUAGGACAGCGUGGGGACUUUCAGGUCGUCUUGUAUGAAAAGAGCUGUGUUCUUCCUGCUCUGUGUGGACUAACAGGAGAGAAGUUUGCAAUGGGUUUGAACUUCACUUUCACCAAUGAUUGCUGUGAUACUCUUCUCUGCAAUGGUGUCUCAACCAGUUUUGCUUUCAUCUGGUCCAGCACCCUGCUCUCACUACUUCUGACAUUGUUUUAUUCACAGUAAGCUUAGCUAGUGGACUCGGUUAUAAAAAAUCAAUCAAAAUGUAAAAAGUAAAAAAAAAAAAUUGGAGUAAUUGGAAUAAUUGCUAUGUAAAUGAAUGUAUUCUUAUUCUUUUUGUCAUCAUAACAAUCCUAACAAGAAGAGUUAAGUGUUUUAUCAGCAUUUCAUUAUGCAUAUUUCAAAAAUAUCCUCCUGACUUCCAGGAAAAAAAAAAAAAAGUUUUGUGAAUUUUUCAUGUCUUUGCAAGAAAAAAAAAUGUAAAAAUUAAUUUUUUGAAAAAUUAUAUUGUAUUCAAAUGUUAUGAUAUGUCCUCUUUGGAGGACACCUGUUUUUUUUUUAUACAGAUAAAUAAAUAAAUAAAUAAAUAAAUUAACUAAAAGAUAAUAGACAUGAAAAGGCAAACACUUUAUGAUUUUUGUUUUAAUCACAAAUCAAUUUUUAUUUUUUUAUACCAAACUUUAUAUAAAGAUGAUUCUCAACUGUUAUGAAAGAUAACAGAAUUAUUUGAUAUGCCAUUUUUUCUUUAUGCAAAAUGUGUGUAAAAUGGCCAAAAAUGGGUAUCUAUAUUAACUGUAUCUAAUUUGUAUAUCAGUGUGUUUUUGGGGCAACAUGUAAUGAAAAAAAAAAAAUAGUUGUAAUGAUGGUGGAAUUAAUUUGCACGGUUUUCAUGAUAACUGAUAGUUCAUUGGAAUACUGAUUUAUAAUUUCUUUCCCUAUUCACUUGUCUCCCAAAAUAAACAUGCU